CUGCCAUAAUUAUUUAUUUUUAUACGUGGUUCGUGGCCCGUUUAGAUUUUAAUUUAAAUGUUAUAUUAGCUUUCGGUGCAUAAAAAUGCAUGCAAAGCUCAGCGAAAUGGAGUUGCGCAUAGUGGCGCGACUAAAUGAGGAGAUCGGAAAGGAUGCCAGCCGGCUGAAUCGAGCCAGUCACCUAGUUAGCCACUACAGGGAGCGCCUUCAACUCUUGUCACAGACGCUGGACUACGAGGACUCCCAGAACGUGUCAUGCUACAAAUCUGCCUUCCAAUGCCAGCAACAGGUCUGCGAGAGUAUCGACUUCGAACUAGAAAAGCUGGCCCAGUUCGGUGCCAAGCUAAAAAAGAAGCUGAAGGAGUGUCAACCUGCCUUAGAGGGCGUAGCUGAGGAUUUGGGAAAAGUUCGGCAGCUACAGCGUUUGACGCAGUAUCUUCGCCUGGUUCAGGACAUUCAGGAGAUCAGCGCUGCUAUGGGAAGUGCCAUCAAUGGCAAGGAUGAGGCUAAGCUGGUUAAUAUCUACCUAACCCUCUACGAGGGUAAUGAUUGCGAGCACAGCAUAGUGGGACGUUUGCAUGCCGUGCAGGCACUAUCUCUGAAAUCUUUCGCGGAACGCACUGCCAUAUACUGGCACAAGCUUCUACUCAAGCGGCUUUCCAGCGAAUUCGAGGCUGUCCUGAAAAGCAUGCGCUGGGCGCAUAUGGAACAGCAGGCCCUCAACUAUUCACCCUCUCGGGACACUAACAAGGCCCAGCUUCUGGCUGAAUAUAUGUUCCUGAUCAAAUCUCCCGCGGAAGAGCACGCGCCUCUGCAAAGCAUCACGCCCAGCAUCGUGUGUCAGCCCAUCAACCAAGUGGUGCAGCUUCUGCUAGCGCCCUAUCGUCAGCGAUUCACAUUUCACUUCACAGGAGCAAGGCAAACGAAUCGAUUAGACAAGCCGGAAUGGUUUUACACGCAGAUACUUAACUGGGGGAAGGAGACACAUUUCUUUGUAGGAAAAACAUUCCAGCCAUCAGCAAUAAAAGCUGGCAAGCUAGACUACAAUCUUAGGCUGGAGUUCAUGCGAGGCCUGGUGCAAUUGACUAUUGAGAAACUAGCGGUGGACAUAGAACAGAUUGCCGAAGACGAAAUACUAUUUGCACAUCUGCUAGAUGAGACUUUGGCCUUUGAGUCCGAGCUACGAGAGACAUUUGGUUAUCCGGCAAGUUUUCCCAGCGCUAUAUCCGUAAUCACGCAGCCCAUGUAUUUGCUUCGAUGGAUUUCACUAGAAGAACGAUUUUGCGCGGAAAAAAUGGAUGACAUUCUACAGGCGGAGACGCCGUUCCAGCUAAUUGAUCCCAAUACAUACGAAGACGACCUGAAAAUCCCAAAAUGUGCGGAUCAGUUCAUGCGACUGCUGGACGCGAUUAAGGACCGGUACUAUGGGUUGAUUCAACCCGGCCACCAACUGCAAUUUCUCCAUUUGCAGCUAGAACUGAUCGAUAGCUUCCGCCGACGCCUGGUCCAGCUGCACAGUAGUGGAGCCGUGCCGAGCAUUCCCAUUCUAAACGCAAUCAACUAUUUGGUAAUGGUGCUGCGCGAAUGGGGAGAGAACGUGCACUAUCUGCAUCUGCAUGCGGUCCUUGCCGGUCCAAAUGCACCGGAGAUUAAUUCGGUGUUUGAACAUGCUGUCGCUGAGCUGGAGCAUUGGGCCAAGCAACUGAUGCGGAAUCUGGCCACCAAGGCAACCAAUGAAAUGAAAGCAAAAUCCAUGAGCUAUCGUCAUGAUGCUUGGCCAACAAUGCCGGAGCAGAACUGCCGGGAACCCUUUAUUCUCUCUCCCAGUGGCGGCGAAAUGUUCCAGGUGCUGGUCACCCUGCUACACAAUCUAGAGCGUGAACUAUCUGCCAAUCUGUUCAGCCAAACUCUGCGCUUGAUAGCCCAUCAAAUCGAUGACUUCAUGCUCGAGAGCAUGGUAAUGAACACGAAAUUCGCACCUGCGGGGGCAGCGCAAUUUAAUUAUGACAUGACGCGCAAUUUAUUUGCGCUAUUCGGACAGUAUACCCGACGUCCAGAGCUGCUCUUUAAGAGAAUACACGAUGCGAGCAAGCUGUUGACGGCGGCACGGGGAACGUCUUUGUUACUGCUUGAAACGUUGCGUAGUAAUCAAUCAGUGGAAGAGAAAACGAAACCACUGCGGGAACUGAAUGUGCUAAGCCUGGAUAGCAAACAGUGCAUUGAAGUUCUGGAACGGCGGACGGACAUAAAAAUGUUUUAAACAAUGGAAAAAAUUGAACAUAGCUAAAUAUUUGUUUUAUUAAAAAUCCUUGGUUUUAUUGGGCCUUAGAGAUUUUUGUAAAUUUAUACAACGAUUAUGCGCUGGAUUUUUGCUAAAUAAACUUCUUUAAAUUUAACUGAAAGUUAAGUAGAAAA